AUGGAUGAUGAUAGCGAGAGUGAUGAGGAAAGUGAAAGUGAUGAAGAGAUCCCUAAACCUGCUGCCAAGAAUGGCUCUGUAACUGCCUCUGCAAAGAAAGGCAAGCCAGCUGCAGCUGCAAGCUCUUCUGAUUUAUCUGAGGAAUCCUCUGACGAGGAUGAUGUUCCAAAAACUAAGGCGGUCCCUGCUGCAGCAAAGAAUAUAACUUCUUCUAACAAGAAAACUCAGCCAAGUGGAAGUUCUGAUUCUGAUUCUAAUAGCAGCUCUGAUGAGGACGAUAAAAAGAAAAUAUCUGCAACUACAAAGCUGCCUGCUUCAUCAGACGAUGAUUCAAGUGAAGACUCUGAUGAAGACGAUGAUGUCAAGCCCUCUGCAACUGCUGUGUCAAAGCCUGCUGUGUCAAAGAAGAAAGUUGAUAGUUUUGAUUCUGAUGAUAGCAGCUCUGAUGAAGACAAUAAGAAGGCUGCCAAAAAGGUUUCCAAUGCCAAGUCAGUGCCUGUGUCUAAGCAGCCUGUUAAGACCUCAAGUACUAGUGAUUCAGAUGAAGAGGUUAUUCUAUUCAAUGCUUUGUUCAGGUCCUAA